AUGGAUGAGGAAAGCCAAAAUAGAACGAUAGAGAUACGGACCGGUCCUGAAAACCAGGAUGAGUUAAUAUUUUAUAAUUCCAUAGUGGACUGGAAGCCAAAACAUGCUGAAUCUAAUAAAGAAUGUCCGAUCCCGACGGUUCCGAGAACAUUGCGAGAAGUUGAAGGUAACGGGGCAGCCUAUGAUCCACAGGUGGUCUCCAUCGGUCCUUAUCACCAUGGAAAUUCUAAUUUCGAGAGAAUGGAGGACAAGAAGAUAGGAAUAGCACAUAUGUUAGUUUCAGAGAGUAAACAAAUAAAGAAUAAAGGGAAACCGAGUGAUCAACCGGCAACAUCAGGACAGACGAUUACACACUCGGACAUAGAGGCGUUAUACCAGAAGGUGAAAAGCCUGUCAAUAGAAGCAAAGAAAUGCUACAGCCACGAGAAUUUUCCAGAUAAGUUACAGAACAAUGAUGAAUUCGGUCGCGUUAUGUUUUUGGAUGGUUGCUUUGUGGUCUUUUUCAUCCAUUGUCUAAUAAAUAAUAAGCUCAAGAGAUGGGAGUUGAAAAGUGAAGAUGUAUUUUUCAUAGGAACUGACUUGUUUCUUUUGGAGAACCAACUUCCUCUUACUCUCCUCGAUGCAUUGAUGACUGAAGCAUUUCCAGAAGAUGCAAAAGAUGGAAUUUUCGACAAGUUCAUCGAGAGAAUCGUCUGUUUCGACUCCGAUGACCGUCGGCAACUGCACCGCAAUAUACAAACCCAAUCCGCUUGUCAUCUCCUUGACCUUUUCCGGAAAAAACUUGUCAUCAAAAGCAUCGAUCGAGGUGAUGAUAUAUUAUUUAAGUUCCGAUCUGGUUUUUGUAACACGAUUGGAUAUUUCAGGAACUGCUUUCAAAGUCAAUACGAGGAGUCAAUUCCUUGGCAUUCAAUCCGUUCAGCGGCCGAGCUUAAAGAGGCGGGGAUAAAUUUCAAGAAGAGCAAAUCAUUUAACUUGGAUAGUGUCCAUUUCCAAAAGGGUCUCUUCUUUGGAUAUCUGACACUCCCUCCAAUAAUCAUCGAUCGCUCAACCAAAACUUUGUUUCUCAACUUGUUAGUCCAUGAAAGAUCUCUUCCUCCGGGUAAUUCGAUGGUGGCUUCUUAUAUCUGUUUCUUGGAUUCACUCAUUGAUCAGGCUGAUGAUGUGAAGGUGCUCAGGUCAGACGAUGUAUUAAUCAAUCUUCUCAGUACAGAUGAAGAUGCCGCCAACAUGAUCAACCACUUGGCCAAGGAGCUGGUGGAUCAUAACGAUUUUUCACGUGUUACCGACCAACUUAAAAGAAACAAAAGGGUUUUUGAUGAGAAAGAGUUUGAUCCAACCUCAACCAUUUUGCAAUCUAAAGCUCAUGUCGAAGCAAUGCUCCUCCAUGCUAGAUCAGCCAACACCUUUGAGAAUCUGGUAACCAGUAAUUCCACCCAAAAUCCCCAUUGGAUCAGACCCCUUCACCAAAUAGUUAAAAUUAACGUUGAUGGUACUAUCAGUCCAAAUUCUGUUGGCAUUGAGAUUAUGAUUCCUGAAACUUUUGGUUCACAUAUUUACUCCCGAGCAGUGCUCUCCCAGUGUGUUUAUCCCUACAAGCUGAAGCUUGUGCUUUCUAUCAUGGUUUGGUGA